UGGUUCGACUGAGCUUGACCAAAGACUUUAGAUAAUAACAACACAUUGCAAACAUUUUACGAUGAAGGGGGAAAAGUGCGGUCUCUGGCGAAAGAAGUGCCACCACCAUGUAAAACGAGCAAAUCGUCUUAUCGUUAAGGACAAACAUCUAUGAGGGGAGGUGCCCUGCAGUGACCGUUUACCAACACUUGCGCACGCGCACUAGUUUGUGCAACCUGUAAAAACGUUUACACAGUUUAAGUUUAAGAAUUGUUCAGUUAAGGUCCGGUUUGAUUGGCAGUCAAAUUAUGUAUGUAUUAAGGUAUCUGUCAUCACACAUGACAAGAUUUGGUAGAUUCGGUCUUGGGCUAAAAUAGCUACACUGACGCGUUGCAAAUAUGGCCGACGAGUGCGGGGACUUUCCUUCAAGGGACUUUGGCGUGACGCACCGCAUUCGCUGCAGAAGGGUAAAGCGUUUACAGAUAUAGAGGGCUAGAUGACACACUGAAGUCAUGAAGCCCAAUAUGUCAACGGUAAGCAGGGGAUUCUAAAGGAGUUCCACACUCACGCGUGCGUUAAAAGAGCGUCAGUUCCUGCGAUCAGCGUCUCGGGACACUGUCGUUCGCCGAAAUAUUUCAGUUCUGUUUACAGAGGCACGUCUCCUGGGGUGAAUACUUCUAAAAAAAGGUGCGUUGAACUCAAGGGCGCAAUGGUCGAUUAUUAUGAUGUCCUGGGAGUGUCACGGAAUGCUUCUCAAGAUGACAUCAAGAAAGCUUACAGGAAACUGGCUUUACGCUGGCACCCUGACAAAAACCCAGACAACAAGGAGGAGGCAGACAGUAAAUUCAAAGAGAUAGCAGAGGCUUAUGAAGUUCUUUCAGACAAAGGCAAACGGGAGGCUUUUGACAGAUAUGGUACAUCAGGCGUGCCAAGCUCAGGCUCUAGCAGCUCAACAUUUCCUGACGAUUUCCCAGGAUUCACCUUCACAUUCCGCAGCCCAGAUGAGGUUUUUCGAGAGUUUUUUGGAGGGCAGGACCCAUUUGCUGACUUCUUUGGUGGAUUCCCUGGAGAUGAUUUCCCAUUUGGUGGGAUGCACAGUGGAUUUCACAGCUCCUCCUCCAGGCUUGGACCCAGUCGCUUCUUCUCCUUCCCUUCAGCAAAUGUUGAUUUUACAUCCUUCUCCUCAAUGGGAGGCAUGGGCAGUAUGGGAGGGGCAAACUUCAAGUCUGUUUCCACUUCAACCCGCAUUGUCAAUGGAAAACGUAUCUCUACAAAAAAGAUCAAUGAAAACGGUCAGGAGAGAACAGAGGUCGAGGAGGACGGGGUUCUAAAAACUGUCCUCAUCAAUGGUGUGGAGGAUGAAAUGGCGCUGGCUUUCGAGCUGAGCCGUAGAGAAGAAUCCGGACAGCCUUCUGGACAACCCCAACACUCACGACUCCACCACUCUCACAACACCCAUACAAACCCCGCCCUGCGCUCUUUUAGCGCCGCCCCUUUCUAUCAUCGACCCGAUGCCAGUGAAGAUGAGGAGGACGACGACCUGCAGAUGGCGCUGGCCUACAGCUUAUCAGAGAUGGAGGGCCAACAGCAAGCAGAGGACAUGAUAUCAGGUGCCGGGGGGACUCAGCCAAGGGUUGGUGGGGGUGGGAAUAGGAGGGAUGCCCCUCAGAAAACCAGAUCUGAGAGUCAAAAUACAGAUGAUUCAAUAGGCAGCACCUCUCCAUCUUUAGACGAUAGAGAAACAGGGCCGGUUCAUGGUUCAGAUAACAUGCACCAGGAGAAUGUUGUUGUGAAAGAAAAGGAGGAUGUGAAAAGUAUGGCCAAAGGGACCGAUGUGGUAAAAAAGAGGAGGAAGUGUCAGUGUGUGGUCUGUUAGUACGUUUGUGGGGAAUAAUCGUGCGUGUGACGUGUGUUUGAUCCUAGUGUAGUUUUGGACUGUGCCUUGACUUAUAGCUCUUUCAAUCUGUUAUGGCAGGGCUUGUGACAAAGCACAAGGAUGAAGAUACUAUUUUAUAUAUUAUCUUGCCUGGAGGUUUAAAUAACAGGUGCAAAAUGUGUGUUUAUUUACCACAUAGAAAUCUUCCCAUACACCAGCUAAAAAUAUAGUAAUAUGUACUAAAUUUGAGAAAUUAUAUGAGCAUUUUUAGGAUUUAAAAACAUAUGUACCCCUAAAAUAGGUAUUUUGAGAAAUGUUUUUGAAGGGCUUUGCAGCAAAGUAAUGAAAUAGCAAAAAAGGGAAAGUUCGCAAUAUGGCUAAAUUUGCGUUUAGCACUUCAAAUCCAGCAUUCUGUUUAAAAACUUUAAAGUUUCAGCUCAUAAUAUAUCUGCUGUCUUCCAACUUGUUAAAGCCCCAAAUAGCCAAACAUCAUAAAAGUAACUCAAGCGGCUUCAUUGGAUUUAUAAAUGUCUUCUGAAGCAAAUUAAUAUAUUGUGAGAGAAAUUUAUUUAGAUUUUAAGAUGAAAAAGUGCUAAAUUCAAACACGUUGAUAAUCUGACUGGUUCUCCUGUGUCUCAUGAAUAGUUGUUGAAUAUGAUACUUCGUCACAAGACACACAUGUACCAGUGAUAUUUCAAGUUUUAAACAUGUUGCUAUGUUAGAUUUCAGCACUCUUACAGGUUUGUUUGAUUUCAUUUUCACUAAAGAUACGAAUAUCCUAAGCAAAAGGAUGGCUGCAGUCUAAAGAAACACAACAAGACUUUCAGUGUUUCAGCUAAUACCACUCAUUCCUAAAUUCCUAAUUAUCACAAUAGAAGUUUUUGUUUACGAGAUCAUUGAUACUUAUAAUGGGAUGCUUUAGAAAGGAGAUUUUUGUGGAUGCUUUGUCUUGCUUUUUUAUUCUGUUAGAAGUCCCUUUUAAAUGUGAUGUGUGAUUUUUUUUUAAUAAUUUGUUUAGAAGAAAGUGUUAUGAAAGAAUCCCCUCAUGACUUUUUAAAGAGUUAUAAACUUUUGCACAAAAAGACUUGAGAUAAUCAGUGUCUCCAAGGGCUCAUGUUUAGUCACCCCGUCGUGAAUGCACUGCAUCAUAUUGACUAUUGAUGUAAAUAUGUAUUGGAAAAAGUACUUUGGAUAAACAAUUUACUCAGUUUAUGAGGAUGUGCCAAAUAACUGUAAAAUAGUGACUGUAACGUUGUAUUCAUCAUCAGUAUUAUUCAGUGUUGAUAUUUGUUUGAGCCUUUUUGUUAGGUUUGAAAUGCAUGGCUGUGGUUACCAAUGGCAUUAUUUAUGUGCCGACUAGUGUACAGUAGCCAAAAAAGCAAAUCAAUAUCCACUCUAGUUUCUUUCAUAUUAACCAGCACAUGUAUGAUAUGAAAUAAACAAAAACAAAUCAAUAAUCAACAUUUGUACUGCUUGAACACUAGAUAAAGCACAAAGAGUUGAAUGUCAUGAUAUGUAAAUGUUUAUGAACAAGUUAUUUUGUGCAAUUUUAUCAAAUGUAAAGAGAGAUCAAAGUAAUUUAUUUACCAAAAAUUGCUUUUUUAUGUAUUAAAUUGUAAUGCUCUGAAGCAUUGCUGCCUCAUAUUGUGAAAGAAAUCAUAAUUUAGAAGGAUAAAGUUUGACACUAAACAUAUUUUAAUUAAUAAAUUCAUCAAGUUAAUAAAUAAUGUUUCAGUCAAUGUUGAUAUUAAUAUUAAGAACAAUAAACUCUAUUAAAUCA